GCCGCCGGCUCUCCUCCCGCUGGAGCCCAGGGCCGAUGCCGGCCCGGAGAGGGGAGGGGGCAGUGGGGGGAGGUUAGCCGCCUUGGGGAUCCGGAGCUCGCUGGCUUGGCGCCCGGCCGAGGGCACCCCGCCGGGGAAAGGCCGCGCCUCCUCCCGGAACUGGCAGGCGGCCGGCGGGGAGCGGCGGGAGCUGGGCGCCGGGCGCCGCGCGCCGCGCGCCGCGCACCACGCCGCGGGCUAUGGAGGUCCUUCCCACGGGCGGGGGCCCGACCCGGCGGCCGGAGCCUGAGGCCAGGCCGGAGGACGUCGUGGAGGAAGCGGUUCCUGCCGUGCCCCCGGCUCCACCCCUGCGGGGCGCGCCCGCGGCGGGGCUGCCGCCGGACCCCCAGGAUCCCUGGGAGGGCGAGGAGGACGCGGAGCCCGGCGAGCGGCGGGGCGGGCGGACCAGCCGCACGGCGUCCCUGGUGAGCGGGCUGCUCACCGAGCUGUACAGCUGCACCGAGGAGGAGGAGGCGGCCGGCGGGGGCCGCGGGCCCGGGGGCCUCCGUCGGCGCCGCGACAGCCUCGACAGCUCCACCGAGGCCUCGGGCUCCGACGUGGUCCUGGGCGGGCGCGGCGACUCCCGGGAGCUGCAGGAGCUGCGGGAGCGGCCGAGCGAGCAGCACCAGCGCCUGUACCUGCGGCAGAAAGACGCUAAUGAACUGAAGACGAUCCUCCGAGAGCUUAAGUACAGAAUUGGCAUUCAGUCGGCGAAGUUACUCCGGCAGCUGAAGCAGAAAGAUCGGCUUCUGCAUAAAGUCCAGAAGAACUGCGAUAUUGUGACUGCGUGCUUGCAGGCUGUGUCACAGAAGAGAAGAGUUGACACAAAGUUGAAGUUCACUCUUGAGCCGUCUUUAGGUCAAAAUGGUUUUCAGCAGUGGUAUGAUGCUCUCAAGGCAGUUGCCAGACUAUCCACAGGAAUACCGAAAGAAUGGAGGAGAAAGGUUUGGUUGACCUUGGCAGAUCAUUAUUUGCACAGCAUAGCCAUUGACUGGGACAAAACCUUGCGCUUCACUUUCAAUGAAAGGAGUAAUCCGGAUGAUGACUCAAUGGGAAUUCAGAUAGUCAAGGAUCUUCACCGCACAGGCUGCAGUUCUUACUGUGGCCAGGAGGCUGAGCAAGACAGGGUUGUGUUGAAGCGGGUCCUGUUGGCCUAUGCCCGAUGGAACAAGAAUGUUGGGUACUGCCAAGGCUUUAACAUCCUGGCUGCACUAAUUCUGGAAGUGGUGGAAGGCAAUGAAGGGGAUGCUCUGAAAAUUAUGAUUUACCUUAUUGACAAGGUACUUCCCGAGAGCUAUUUUGUCAAUAAUCUCCGGGCGUUGUCUGUGGAUAUGGCUGUCUUCAGAGACCUCCUAAGACUGAAGCUCCCUGAAUUAUCUGAGCACCUGGACACUCUUCAGAGAACUGCAAACAAGGAGAGUGGAGGGCAUGCAGAUUCACUUGAGAUGAAUGGGCCAGUUCUUGCUGGAGAAGGAGCUGCAGGUGGAUACGAGCCCCCGCUCACGAAUGUCUUCACGAUGCAGUGGUUCCUGACUCUCUUCGCCACGUGCCUCCCUAACCACACCGUUUUAAAGAUUUGGGAUUCUGUCUUUUUUGAAGGUUCGGAAAUCAUCCUAAGGGUGUCGCUGGCUAUCUGGGCAAAGUUGGGAGAGCAGAUAGAAAACUGUGAAACGGCAGAUGAAUUCUACAGCACCAUGGGGCGCCUCACCCAGGAGAUGCUAGAGUGUGAUCUUCUAGAAAGCCACGAACUCAUGCAGACGGUUUACUCCAUGGCUCCGUUCCCUUUCCCACAACUGGCAGAGUUGAGGGAGAAGUACACCUACAACAUUACACCGUUCCCCGCUACAGUGAAACCCACCUCCGUGUCUGGAUUAACAAGAAUUCAAAAGGCUGAUGUGCACGCUCUUGACAAGGCCAUGGGGACACAGGCACAUUGCAGACGACAUGGUAAGAUCAGAGACAGUGAUGAAGAGAAUGACCCAGAUGAUGAAGAUGCUAUUGCUAAUGCCGUGGGGUGUCUUGGACCUUUCAGUGGGCUCCUGGCACCUGAACUACAGAAGUACCAAAAACAAAUUAAAGAGCCCCGCGAAGAGCAGAGUCUGAGAUCUAAUAACAUUGCGGAGCUGAGUCCAGGAGCCAUCAAUUCCUGCCGAAGUGAGUACCACGCCGCUUUCAACAGCAUGAUGAUGGAGCGCAUGACCACGGACAUCAACGCGCUAAAGCGGCAGUAUUCUCGGAUUAAAAGGAAGCAGCAGCAGCAGGUUCACCAGGUGUACAUCAGAGCAGGCUCUCCAGGAGACAAAGACCAUGGGUUCUCCUUAGGUCCCAAGGACCGGGCAGUUGAUGACAAAGGGCCAGUGACCAGCCUCCUCCCGUCUCAGGUGAACAACCCUCCAGUUAUAAACCACUUGCUCUUAGGAAAGAAGAUGAAAAUGUCCAACCGAGCCGCCAGGAACGCUGUCAUUCACAUCCCCGGCCACUCCGGAGGCAAAGCAUCCCCCGUCCCCUACGAAGACCUCAGGUCGAAGCUCAACUCUCCGUGGCGAACUCACAUCCGAGUCCACAAAAAGACCAUGCCGAGGGCCAGGAGCCAGCCGGGCUGCGGGGACACCGUGGGGCUCAUCGAAGAGCCGGGCGAGGGCUGCAGGGCCGCGCGCCCGGGGCCCGCGGAGGCGGAGGCGUGCCCUUCGCCUGGAGGCGGCAGCGCGCAAGGCAGCGCAGGGCGCACCAUCGAGGGCCAGUCUCCGGAGCCGGCCUUCGGAGAUGCCGAUGUGUCGAUGGUCCAGGUGAAGUUAGAAGCCUUGGAACUGAACCAAAGGGAUGCCGCUGCCGACCCUGAGCCCAGGUGGCACCCGCCCCGCCAGCGGCACCUCCCGGAGCUGCCCGAGGCGCCUGGGGAGGACAGAGCCACCGGCAGACCUCCCCACGGGAGCCGCCCCAAGACCCCCAUCUUCAGCCCCUUUCCCAGCGUCAAGCCGCUGCGCAAGUCAGCGGCCGCCAGGAACCUGGGGCUGUACGGCCCCACGGAGCGGACCCCGACCGUGCACUUUCCUCACAUGAGCCGGGGCUUCAGCAAAGCCGCCGGUGGAAACAGUAGCACGAAGAAGCGGUGACUCCCAGAAACUGCACCCCGAGAGUCACCUUUUUGUGGUGGAGCAGGGGUUCCAGCCACAUGGCUCCAGAGGAAUUGCAGCUGCCCCGGGAAAGCGUAUGGAUGGGUCCAGAGGUGGGCCGCAUCUGUAAACACAAGGAUUGGAGGUUUCACGGUGGGAGCUAGAUUAGGGGUGUUUGUCCACCCACUGAUAACCGGUACCAUGGAUUCUUGGUGGCGAAAUAAAUAUUGUGGUUUUAAAAUGUAAA